AACAAAACAGUGUUUGACUGACUGUAGUACUAGAAUUGUAGAUCCGAGUCCGAGAAAAGGAGUUUUGUUCUUAACAAUGGAAGAGAAGCAGGAGGAUCAGAUCCUAAUCCCAUUACCAUUAGUCAAACUGGGCACUCAGGGACUAGAGGUUUCUAAAUUGGGCUUUGGAUGUGUUGGACUAUCGGGACUAUAUAACGCUCCUCUUUCUCAUGAAGCUGGAUGUUCAGUUAUUAAAGAAGCAUUUGAUAGGGGCAUCACUUUCUUUGAUACAUCAGAUCUUUAUGGCCAUAAUCAUGAUAAUGAAAUCAUGGUUGGAAAGGCUUUGAAACAACUUCCGCGAGAAAAAGUUCAAUUGGCUACCAAAUUUGGUGUGGUCAUAGAGGGGGAUCAAUAUGGUCACUAUGGCGUAAGGGGCACCCCUGAAUAUGUACGGCAAUGUUGUGAAGCUAGUCUUAAGCGACUCGACACCGACUACAUUGAUCUCUACUAUCCACAUCGCAUUGACAUUACAGUGCCAAUUGAGGAUACUAUGGGGGAGCUUAAGAAGCUGGUGGAGGAAGGAAAGAUAAAAUUUAUUGGGUUGUCAGAAGCUAGUGUGGACACAAUAAAGAGAGCCCACGCAGUUCACCCCAUCACUGCCUUACAAAUAGAGUAUUCCCUUUGGGUCCGUGACAUUGAAGAUGAGAUCAUUCCAGUUUGCCGGGAGCUUGGUAUUGGAAUUGUUGCAUACAGUCCUCUUGGCCGUGGGUUCUUUGCUGGGAAGGCAGUUCUUGAGAGCUUGCCCACUGAGAGUGUAUUGAAUAAAUUUCCAAGGUUCACUGGGGAGAAUUUAGAGAAGAACAAAAUUCUUUAUAGCAAACUUGCCAACCUGGCUGAAAAGCAUGCCUGUGCUACUCCUCAACUGGCUUUAGCAUGGCUUCUCCAUCAGGGUGACGACAUCAUCCCAAUACCUGGUACAACUAAAGUUAGAAACCUUGAUACAAACAUUGGUUCUUUGGCUGUAAAGCUCUCUGAAGAUGAUUUGAAAGAAAUUUGUGACGCUGUGCCCAUUGAUGAAGUUGUUGGCCAUAGACUAAUUUCCCUUCCUCAGUAUGCUUGGAAGUUUGCAAAUACCCCACCAAAGAAAACUGCAGAUAAAGACACGUAGCCUACGCUGAUGAGUGAAAAAAGAUCAAUGGAGCCGGCUCUUAUUCAAUUAGCUAGGACUAAUAAAGCUGUGUGUAGUUGAGUUGAGAUUGUUCAUGAAAAAAAAAAAGUCAUUCCCAAGGGAAUUUUCUUGAAGAAAACUUAUGCAUGUUUAAUCAAACAGUUGUUAUGCUCAUAUUGCCAGCUUCGAUCGUUUUGUAAUUCUUUUCUGUUCCAAGUAACUGAUGCAUAACAGCACAAGAGAGAGAACUCAUCCAUAAAUGAAUUUUGGUGUAUGCUGCUGAUUCAGUUACUAUGCUAGACAUUAUUUUAUCACUUCAUGAAGCUAUCACA